AUGAAAUACCUCAUUGCAUUACUCUUGGUAUCAUCCAUUUUAGCAGCCAUCCCAACCAAAGUUACAAAUUGCAUGGAGAAUCCAAAGAUUGUUUUCACUGAGGCAACUUUCAGUGUUACACCUGCUAAGGGUGUUGAUGAAACAAUCACACUUUAUGGAUCUGCCAACGAACAUGCAGAAUUAGAUAAUGUUUUACUCAAAGCCAAAUGGAAUGGAAUGGAUGCUUUUGAAGACAACUAUCCAGAAGACGAAGUCUAUGACAAAGGAGAUCGUGUUACCUACGAGUUGACCUAAAACUUCCCAACCUUUACUCCAUCUGGUAAAAUCAGUGUCCAAUUGUAUUUCUAAAAUGCUAAAAAAGUUAACUUUGCAUGUGCUGAAGUGGGAUUCGUUAUCUGAUUUCAAAAAUCUGUAUUUUUUAUUAAAUAAGAUAUAAAUUUUAAAUAAAAAUUCA